AGUUAAAGUUAAACCAAAACCAACACGUUAAACUCAUCUCAUUUUUUCCACUUCACAAGUCACAACCCACAACUCACACAUAACUCCGUCACUCUAGCCGUCUUCUCCUCCUGUUUUUCUCACCUGAACUUUAUGUCUUCAGACACCGCCGUCAUAGCUUGGGGUUCAGGGGAAGAUGGUCAAUUAGGAAUAGGCAACAAUGAGGAGAGAGAAAGGGUUUGCCAAAUUAAAGCUCUUGAAAACUACACUGUUUCCUCUGUUGUUGGUGGUAGUCGUUACUCUCUUGCUCUUUGUGAAGAUGGCAAGUUGUUUACAUGGGGAUGGAACCAAAGAGGUACUUUGGGGAAACCACCUGAGACCAAGAGUGAGAAUGUUCCUAGUCAGGUUAAAGCUCUUGCCAAGGUGAAAAUUGCACAGGCCGCGAUUGGUGGGUGGCAUUGCUUAGCUGUUGAUGAUCAAGGCCGCGCUUAUGCUUGGGGUGGUAAUGAGUAUGGGCAGUGUGGUGAAGAUCCUGAGAAGGAUGAAACUGGUAGACUUUUGAGAAGGGACAUUGUAAUACCACAACGUUGUGCACCCAAGCUGAAAGUUCGCCAGGUGGCUGCUGGGGGUACACAUUCAGUGGUCCUUACACGUGAAGGACACGUAUGGACGUGGGGUCAGCCAUGGCCACCUGGAGAUAUUAAGCAAAUAAAUGUCCCUGUUCGAGUACAAGGACCCGAAAAGGUGCAAUUGAUUGCAGCAGGAGCAUUUCAUAAUUUGGCUCUUGAAGAAGAUGGAACCUUAUGGGCAUGGGGAAAUAAUGAAUAUGGACAGCUUGGAACUGGAGAUACUCAACCAAGAUCACAGCCUAUUCGUGUACAAGGGCUUUCUGGUCUUAAACUGGUCGACAUUGCUGCUGGUGGGUGGCAUUCGACUGCGUUGACGAAUGAAGGAGAGGUGUAUGGUUGGGGUAGAGGAGAACAUGGGCGGCUUGGAUUUGGAGAUGACAAGAGCAGUAAAAUGUUGCCACAAAAGGUUCAACUUCUGGCCGGAGAAGAUAUAAUUCAGGUGUCUUGCGGAGGAACGCAUUCAGUUGCACUGACACGAGAUGGACGAAUAUAUUCUUUUGGACGAGGCGAUCAUGGCCGUUUAGGAUAUGGGAGAAAGGUCACUACUGGUCAUCCGAUGGAGGUCCCCAUUAAUCUCCCAUCUCCGAAAAGCGUUAGUGAGGAGGAUAGACCCGAAGGGCGCUGGCGAGCUAACCUCAUAGCUUGCGGUGGUCGACAUACUUUGGCUAUAGUUAAAUGGCAACCUAAUGAUAAUGAAUAAUAAUAAGCUGUUUAUAUGUGAAACUACUCAAUGUUUAAGCAUGGACCUUGUAUUGCCACUUUGUAACAGAAAAAGUUACAUAAAUACACUUGCAACAUAUUUCUGUAUUGGAAACGAUAGUCUUUCGCUCUUCUGAAUAAGCACAAAGCACCAUCAUAUUGGCCAA